CUUACUAAAUUUAUAUACUUUAUUUUGUAUAAAGAAUUAAAUAUUAUAAAAGACUUAGUAUAUAUAUUUAUUAAGACUAUAUUCUCGAACUACGGUUUAUUAAAAAAAAUUAUUCUAAAUAGAAAUAAGUUAUUUACUUUAAAGUUUUAA